AUGACGGAAGGAGCAAAACAAGAAUGUAGUAUCUGUUGCGAAGGCUAUUUAAAACUUCAAGAAAUCACUUCCGAGUGCAAGCACAAUGAUGCCUGUCCUGUUUGCAUCAAACGACAUAUUGAAGCUGAGUUGAACAGUAAAGGAGAUAUUGUUCAAGUGCGAUGUCCAAAAUCUCGCUGCACAACAGAGUUGACUUUUGAUGAUGUGAGAAGAUUGGCAACAAAAGAAUUAUUUGAAAGGUAUGACACAUUGUUAUUGCGCAAUGCUAUCCGUAAACUUCCUGAUUUUCGUUGGUGCAAGGCCCCAAAGUGUGGUUCUGGUCAGGAGCAUACAACCGGAGAUAGAUUACCCAUAAUGACUUGUAGUGCUUGUAGUGCUAAAUCCUGUUUCACUCAUGAUGUUCCUUGGCAUCAAGGCCUGACCUGUGCACAAUUCACCGAGCAACUGGAAAGCAAAGAUUAUACUGCCAAUCGUGCCUAUUAUGAACGACUUACGAAACAAUGCCCAAGUUGUCAAAUGUCUAUCGAGAAAAAUCAGGGAUGUGAUCACAUGAGUUGCCGCUGCGGUUAUGAAUUUUGCUGGCUUUGUCUUGGCGAUUACGAAAAUAUUCGUAACAAUGGUAAUCAUUAUCAUGCACCCACUUGUCAAUACUAUGCAGCCUACAAUUCAGAAGAUGAGCAUGACAUGCCCAACAUGCCAGAAAGACCAAGAUUCAAGGAGGGUUUAGGUAAAAUCAAAGAUGAGGAUCUUUUCAAAGAAAUCAACAAAGUUCCAUUAUUUAUGACUGAGCUACCCGAGGAUGAAAGAGAAGAAAAUGCUGAUUUUAUCAGCUUUAUAAUCUUUGAUUUAUGA